AUAAAACUGAAGUGAAUUGUACUGAAUCGAGCAAGCAUACAAGCACACGGCCAUGGCUCCUGUCUCAGGCAGGCGGUGGGCGGGGCUACGCAGCUGAGGACAGGGGAACAGCUGCAUGCUCUUACUCCAGGCUGCCCGUAUGUGUGGACCUCAGAGGGCGAUAAGAGCCGAUGGAGGAUGUGGUCCCGCUCCUUGUGCUCGACUAGGGAGAGGAAUGCUUUGUAAGAAGAAGCCCGGGAAGCUCGUAUGGCGUUAGUUAAGGAAAUGAAAGCGGACAGGACAGCGCCGUUGUGAUUUCAGGGCCAAAAUCUGCAUGGAUUUGUGUCCUCUGUAACGGGAUUUAUUAUUAUUUUAAUUUGACAUUUUUUCAAUUUUUUAAAUCGGGCCAUUUUUACUCUGGGCGAUGCUGUACUUGCUAUUGCCCAAUAGAAUUUCUACCCGUGACUCCACUGCAAUGAGGCCCUUUCAAACACAUGUGGUUUUGUGUGUUCUGGUAUGGACAGCACAAGCAUCAGAUUUCAAGUCUUCUGUAGGCACACAUUUCACAAAAACACAGACUCAUGCAGUGAAAAGACAUAUGGAAUUGCAAUCAAACGCUUUUGCAGCCAUUGCCGGGAACACGGCACUUCUUCAGGCAGACCAGGCUAUAAAUUCCUCGAGAUCCCCUGUGAGGCGAGUUUUGAAAGGACGCAGACCUGUACCUGAAACAAAUUCAAACACGCAACCCGUGGAGAGACCCAACGUGCUUCAUGCUCAAACGGACACCGAUGCGGCUCGACAGGGCUCUCCGAGCUCCCACUUCCGGAUCUCCAAUCGCACCAGCUCCAUAAAUAUCCUUGCUAGGUUUGCAGGCAGGAACCGUGUGCUGGUCAUUUCAGCGCCGCAUGAGUCGGACGGAUACUACAGGCUGAUGAUGAGCUUGCUCAAGCCGGACGUGUAUUGCCAAAUGGCAGACCGCCACAUGCAGCAGAUCAUCAUGUUCCAUGGAAAGGAAGAAAUGGGUGGCAAAGUGAGAAGUGUGAGCAAUGAUGGCUCGAUUGUUGAGGAACAGUUAGAGCCAGCCUUAGUGCCCAGGCUGAUGAGCUUUCUGAAAUUGGAGGAGGGCAAGUUUGGCAUGGUGCUGCUGAGGAAAACCUUGCAGGUCGAGGAGAGGUACCCAUACCCAGUGCAGCUUGAGGCAAUGUAUGAGAUAAUAGACAAGACGCCUAUGCGCAGACUUGAGAAGGUUAGACAGAAAGGUUUUGUGGAAAGGUGUAGGGCAACUGGAAUGCAGGGAAAGGUAGUGCAGUCGAUUGGGACUGUUUUGGCAGACCCCAAAUCCAGUGUGCACAGAGGUUCUCAAGAUCUUGAUAUGGUAGAAGGUGCAAGACCUCCUCCCCAGCCCACUCAGAGUACUACCACACAAUCUACCACCAUCUCUACCACCAAAGGUACUAGAAGGAGAAUAACUAUACAUACGUAUACUAAAAAACCUGCAACUACAACAGUUGCAGCCACAACCCCGCUUGCUGCGACUACUACUACUACUACUACUACAACUACUGCAUCCACUACACUACCUACAACUUUGCCUUCAACCACUGUCAGUCCCACUACUUUAUCGACUGCAGUGGUGCAUAGACACCCACACCCACCAUCACGCAGUCACAAAACCCGACUGAGCAGCAUAGAACCUGUUACACGCAACCACCAAAGGGAACGCACUGCAACUGACCCAUCCAUUACCUCUGACAUAAUGAUCCAACACCGAGACAAACACAAAGUCCGGACAGAUAAGAUUUCACCUGGAGCUCGCAGGCAAAAGCCCACCAAGGACAAACCACCAAAGGGAAAAAAACCAGGGAGGGAAAAGAUCAAUGAACAAGUAGAAGAGCAAGAAGCAGGAACGCCUACAUUGAGUGAACCGGUGGAGAACCUUCUGACUACCAAAACAGGGAAGCCCACCCAUGAGAAAACUGCGAAGAAGAAAAAGACCGAGAGAACCGAGAAGUCUGUGAAAAAGAACAACGCAGAGAAAAAAGUGGCAAAACCCUCCAAGGAUGCCAAGGUAAAUCUUCACAACAGAAAUGUGGCGCAAAAAGCAAGCAGCCUUGAGGAUAAAGAUGCUGUUGGCAAGUCUACCGAAAAGCCUGUUGAUACCAAGAGGGCGCUAGAGACAUUCUUUAGUUAUUUUGAGAAAAGAAGACGUCUGCUUGUAAUUACCACUCCCAGCGAGAAUAAUAAAAUGUACAGUCAGCAGAAGGAUGAGUAUCUGGAACAAGUGUGUGACAUGGCUCUGCGCAAAAUCUCCAUCAUCACCAUUUUUGGCCCUCUAUCCAACGGGACCAUGAAGAUGGACCAUUACCAGAUGGAGCAGGACAAGCCAGUACGCAGCAUGCCAGUCAGUGAGCUCAUCAACCAGGAACUCAUCACGGCCUUCCGGAAGGAGCUCGGCAUGGUUUACAAUGACUUCUUCAUGGUGCUGACUGACUUUGACAUGAAAGUGAAGCAACAGUAUGAAGUACCUAUUAUCAUGAAGGCAGUGUUCGAUUACAUUGACACCUUCGCAUCGCGCCUCAAAGAGAUGGAGCUUCAGAGGAAGCUUGGAAUUGCGUGCAAGAAAGAAGACAAGUCCCGAUCUCUGGAGAAUUUCCUCUCUAGGUUUCGCUGGAGACGAAGGCUGCUCGUCAUCUCCACCCCUGAUGAUGAGGAGUGGGCUUAUCAGCAGCAGCUCCAUGCCCUGACCAGUCAGGCCUGCCACUUGGGGCUGCGUCACAUGUCUGUGUUAAAGCUUGCCGGGAGGACCAUGGAGGACAUGGGUGGAGUCUUGGAGCUCUAUCCAAUCAAUGGGAGUGCAACGGUGGAGCGUGAGGGCCUUUCUGCCUCCCUCGUGCAUGACCUUAGGAACUACUUCCAGGUCAGUGCGGAUUACUUCUCCAUGCUGCUGGUGGGCAAAGACGGCAAUGUGAAGUCAUGGUACCCAUCACCCAUGUGGUCCAUGUCCAUCAUGUAUGAGCUGAUCGACUCCAUGCAGCUGCGAAGGCAGGAGAUGGCCAUCCAGCAGUCACUGGGUAUGCACUGCCCCGAAGUAGAAUACGGUCACCAUGAAGACUACCAUGAAGGCUACCAUCGUGGUUACAGUUACUAAAACAGUGGAAAAAAGAAGAAAAGCCUUCCCAUUGAUCUCAGUGUCCAUUGAUAUUUUUUUUUCUUCUUUUCCAGCCAG